AUGGGGGAAGUUGUUGGUGUUGAGUCGGGAAGAAGUGUAACGACGGGUCUGGAAUCGGUGGAAGGUGGGAUGGGAAGAGAUGAUGGUCCGUGGCAACGGGGCGGGAUCGGUGAGAGAUCGCUGGACGGUGUUUAUCCUGGUGAUGGGUGCGGGAGGCGAUCAGCUCCGAGUCACCUAGACCAGGUCGAGCAAGGCAGCGACGAGAGAAGAGCGAGCAGAGAUGGAGGAGAUCCCCGGCCGGAUUCAAGUUGGUUUUCCCCUCGUUGGCCCUAUGACAUACGCGCUAAGCCUAUCGGAGUGUUAGCUCGAAGGUUCGAUUUCUCGGUUGGUGCGUGGAGUUCCUUGUCUGUCUAUGUGUGUAUCUUACUAUUUUACAUGCUGCAUACCGUAGACUAUCUAGAAAGGCUUGCCUCUUCACUUGUUCGGGAAUAUAGUGGUAAAGAGACUGAUUUUCUCAGUGUGAGGACAUACAACAUCCAAACGGGGCACCUCAUCCUCGAACACAACUAUCCGCGUCAGAAACCACCGCUGGAACCACCCUCUGUUGCAGUUGAUAUCAACGCGGUGCUGGAGACAGUCACGUCAGAAGAGCUGUCCGUUGGCGCAUGGGUGAACGUGCUUGGAUAUGUAAGGAGGAACAGGAGGAGUGAUGAUGAUGAUUCUGCCGUCUCACAAUCAAAUCCAAAUCCAGUGUAUGUGGAAGCCGUGAUGCUUUUCCCAGCAGGCGCCGUGGCGUUGGGAGAGUAUGAGCGAAUCCUGCAGGAAGCGUUGGGCGUGGAGAGGAGGAUGCGGAGGACAGGCUGA